GGGAGGACAGUGAGGGAGGUGGUGGUGGUGCUCACUCUGUUAUUUAUUGCUCGAAAUUCCACCUUGUACGUCUCAGAAUGGAGGACCAGGCGUUGGACGUAGAUGAUGUGGUUAUAGAGGAGGAUGCCAGCUUCUUCACGGACAUUGAUGAGUUGCAGACUCACGGGAUCAAUGCUGCGGACAUCAAGAAGCUGAAAUCAGCGGGAAUCUGUACUGUCCGGGGCAUCCAGAUGACAACUCGUCGCAAGUUAUGCACCAUCAAGGGACUCUCUGAAGCCAAAGUGGAUAAAAUAAAGGAGGUAGCGGCUAAACUGAAUGGUGGAGAAGGAUUCGUAACAGCUUUAGUGAUGUGUGAACGUCGGCGACUUGUCUUUCGUGUGAGCACAGGAUCAGCAGAACUAGACUCGCUGUUAGGGGGCGGCAUAGAGAGCAUGGCCAUCACUGAAGUAUUUGGAGAGUUUCGCACUGGCAAGACCCAGCUCUCGCACACCCUUUGUGUCACCGCACAGAUUCCCAACGAUGAUGGCACUUAUACUGGAGGAAAGGUAAUCUUCAUUGACACGGAAAAUACUUUUCGGCCGGACCGCCUUCGUGCCAUUGCUGAUCGCUUCAACCUGGAACAGGAAGCAGUGCUUGAUAAUGUGCUUUAUACUCGAGCUUUCACAUCUGAGCAUCAGUUUGACAUUCUUGACCAUGUGGCAGCGCAGUUCCAUGAAGAGCCAGGAAUAUUCAAGUUAUUAAUUAUCGACUCGAUUAUGGCACUGUUUAGAGUGGAUUUCAGUGGACGUGGCGAGCUUGCUGAUAGACAGCAAAAGCUUGCACAGUAUCUAUCACGGCUGCAGAAAAUAAGCGAAGAAUACAACGUAUCUGUAUUCAUUACAAACCAAAUGACUGCUGACCCAGGUGCCACCAUGUCUUUCCAAGCUGACCCCAAGAAACCUAUUGGUGGCCAUAUCUUGGCUCACGCUUCCACAACACGCGUAUCGUUACGCAAAGGCCGCGGGGAAACUCGCAUUGCCAAGAUAUAUGACAGUCCAGAACUACCCGAAAAUGAAGCCACAUUUGCUAUCACUGCAGGAGGAAUUGCAGAUGCAAAAGAAUAGGGAAAACACAUGAAUUUCUGUCCAUUUUGGAAACCGAAAAUUACAUUAAAGUACAAAACACACCCUAUGCGAAGGCAGCAAGUGGUAAAUAUAAUUUUAUAAUUUUAAUUUCAAGCAUUAUAUUUUCCUGUUGAUUAAUGUGAUGUAUAUGGACUUCUGUAAUUAUUUUUUUAUAUAUGCAUCACAGGCAGACAUGCAUAAAAGUGAUAUAAAUGUUUUAGACAACUCAUUGCCUCACUAUAAUGAAGUGUUUUGUAUCGUAGUUGCUUGCAUUAACUAUGCAUACCAUUAUUUUCAUAGUUUGUGUGAAUAAUUCAGAAUAGAAAUAUUUAAUGUCAUUUACAAUUCCUUACUCAGAUGCCGAUGUAAGGCAUAACGAUAAAUUUUGAUUUAUUUUCUUUCGGUAAAAAUUAUUUUUAACUCGAUAUCUUAUGCUCUUUUGCUUAACUGCUUUAUGUAACUCGCGGACUAUAACUUAUAAGGAAAUAAACA